AUGAAUAAAUCUUCUGCUGUUAAUAAUAAAUAUAACUAAUAACAAUUAGUUAAAAUUUAGCAAGAAUAGCAACUAUAAGAAUAAGCAUAGAUUCAAUAUUAUAUUUAUGAAGACUUACAGAACAUAAUAAAUUUAAUAUAAUAAAGAGAUGCUGUUAUUGAGUAUUUUAAGAAUGAUUGUGCUCAUGAAAUGGUUACCUUGUGUAAUAAUAAAUUAAUAUUGUAAUUAAAUAUAUCAAGUUCAAUUCAUUAUGAUUAAACGUAGUAAUACAGAAAGCAACCUGAAUUGCUUAAAAUUUUAAAGAAGGAAAGAGAAAAUGCUUAUAAAAUACUGGAAAAGUUUAUUGGAAAUAAUGAUUAAAAAAUAAAUUCAAAUGGUAAGUAAAAAAAUAAUGGAUCAGUACUAAACGACUUAUAAUAGUACAGAAACAAUUAUAAAGAUUAAAAAUUUGAAUUGAAUUAAUUUAAAUAAUAACAGACUAAUUUAGUACCCAAAUUUCAUGAAGGAGUCUUAUCAACAAUAAUUUCUUCAAUUUAAUCUGUAGAUUCACAAGUUGAUUAAGUAAAGAAAACGAAAUACUACAAGAUUCCUCAUUUUGAAGAUAUUUAAGAAAAAGCAAUGUAUUUCAUUUAUAAUAUCUUAGAAAGUAUUAUAAAACAACUUAAUAAAAAUUAAAAAUUAAUUUUCCUAAACUUUUAUCUUAAGACAAUUAAAUGUCAUAAUAAGAUAAUUAAAAGUUCAAUCAGAGUAAUGUAAUUAAUAUUGCCCAAAAAAAUAGUGAAAUUUAAGGCAAAGAAUAAACUUAAUAUAAUAAUGAAGGAUAACCUAAUCUUGAGAUUUAAUAGAAAAAUUAAUUUUGUUUGAAAGACAGACUAAUAGAAUUUAUUAAUUACCUAAGAUAUAAAAAAGUUGAAAUUCCAAAACCUUAAUAAAAUAAUAAAGCUGAAUAAUAGGAUUUCCAAAUAACAAAAUUAUUUCAUUAGUUAUAUCCUAAAAAGGAUUGGAAAAUUAAGGAUGAUAUAUUGCUCGAACUUACAAAUUUACAUUAUUAUUUUUAUUUAUUUAUAGAAGUUUGUAAUUUAGCCAAGCAGUUUGAGUUUUAAAAAAAGAAGGAUAUAGAAUUAUUUAAUAUUCUGAGGGAUACUCAAGAAAAAUAAAAUAACAUUUCUAUCGAUUAUAUCCUUAAAUAUUUGUUUAAUAAUAAAGAUUAAGAAGACAUUAACAGUUAUCAAAAUUACAAAUUACAAAUAGAGAAAAAUGUUAAUUCAACCGAUAAGGCAAACCAAAAGUAAAAUUUAGAAUAAGAUCUUAUAAUCAAAUUGUAUGCAAAGUUUUCUCCUAUAUGGAUGAAAAAUAAGCAUAAUUGA